CUUUCUCUUUUUCUCUUUUCCUCCCUUUCAAAUGUGUUUUUUUCUUUUCUCUUUUUCCAUUGACCUGUCAAUAAUUGGCUUUUCUGAUUAAUUUCCUGUUUAUUUUAUUUCACUUCUUCUCUAAUAGUGAUUAUUAUUAAUUCUAUAAACUGAUUCCCGAUGUUUCAAUUAAUGGUUCUUCCUUUUUAAAACUAAAGAGCUUCUACUUGGUUACCCAUCUACAGUUUUCCAUUAUUUUGUCACUUUAUUUUCCCUCGCCCAUUUUGUGUUAAGUGCUGCUGCCAUUGGACCAGUUUUCAAAUUCUUUUUCUCUUUCUUUUUCCUUUCUCUUCUCUUUCUCUCUUUAUCCAACCUCUGAUGGAACAUUUUUAUUUGGUUUGCAUUUCGAUUAAUUGAUUUCACUGGUUUUCCCGUUCGAGACUUGGUAUCUUGAUUUUUUUCCCUGGCAUUUCGAGUUCUCCAAACUUGAGUGUUUACUGUUUUCUCUUUCCUUCUCUUUUUUUCCUUCUAAUUCUGCACUUAACUGUGUUUAUAUUUCUAGUUUGGUAUUUUUAGGUCAUCUUUAAAUUACUUCAUACCCACCCACUUUCAGCCAUUUUAUCUUGCCUUCUCUCUCUUCUCUUCUAUUUCUCUAUCUUUUUCUAUCUCUCUCUCUCUCUCUUUCCUGUCUUCCUUCCUUUCUAUUUUUCUGUUUAUCUUUCAAACUCUCCAUCUUUUUCUAGCAACAACUUCUCUCUACUCUUUCUGUCUUUUUCUUUUUCUCUUUCUAUCUCUCUCUCUCUCUCUCUCUCAUCUUGAUGCUUCUAUUUUUCCCUCUAUUCUUUUCUCCUUUAUUUUCCACCAUUAUUUUUUUAGUGUCUUUUUCUUGUGUUCAAAUUUAUGUAAUAUUUUGACAAUUAUCUUUUUCUUGGUGGAAAUGGUGAAUUUACUUGCAUUACUCUGGCUCGUCAAAGAGGCUGUGAAAUGUAAAUAACCAAUUCUAAUUACUCAUAUCACAGCCAGCUUUGAUGAUUUUGGUAAAAUGCAAUUCUCAUCAUCACCAUUUCCUCCUAAAUCUUGAUUCUAUCCAUCCAACAAAUCUCAUAUUUCAAAGGAUCACAUUGUUUACUUUUUUUCUCAUUGUGCAGUUGAUCAAUUUUCUUUCAAUUGAUAUUUUAUCUUCUCUAAAGCUCAUUGACCUGUUUACCUUUUUUUAGUCUUGACUUUAAACAUUUUGAUUAGUUGUAACUUUCUCUCUCUCUCUCUCUCUCUCUCUAUGUUUCUCUGUUGGAUAAUAUUUCUUAAUUCACUGUCAGGGUUAUCGAUUAACCUUUACAACACUUUGUAUCAACUGAAAAUUUUACCAAUGGAAAUCCAACUGAUCCAGUGAACUGUAAUUCUGUUGAUCUACAAUAUCAAUAUUCUCGAUAGGAGGUUAGUUUUUUUCUUCCCUCUCCAUUGAGAUAAAAUGAGCUGUUACAAUGAGAAGAUGAUGGUCAAUCGCCUCAAGAUUUACUGUCAAUGGAUUUUGUUCAAGUGAAUAAUUUUUUAAUCGCGAUCAUUGUUAUCAUGGUAUUGAUGUUAAUCACUGGAUUAGACGGAUCAUCGAAAGGAUGCCAUUUAAGGCCAGUUGUUCAUGUACUAAAUCGCCCUGGGUGUUUAUCUAAACCCAUUCCAUCAUUUGCUUGUCAUGGUUCUUGUUCAUCUUAUGUUCAGAUCUCGGGCUCUAAAUUUUGGCAAGUUGAAAGGUCGUGUAUGUGUUGCCAAGAAAUGGGUGAAAGAGAGGCAACAAUUGGUAUUUUUUGUCCAAAAGAAACACCCAAAAUUAGAAAGAUUAUUACCAAAGCUCCUGUUGAUUGUAUGUGUAGACCUUGUACUGGUAUUGAUGGAUCAACAAUCAAGCCUCAAGAAUUGAUUAAUUUGACCGAAGAAUUGAAAAAUAUCGAGUAACAUUUAUCACUACAAUCAACUCUUGCCGCAAGAUUUAAUCAUAUCCUAAUUGGAAUAAUAAUACACAAAUGAUCGGUGAUAAUUUGAUGGAUUAAGUUGAAAGAUUAUUAAUUGCUCCAGCUAUUUGUGUUGAUUUGUAUUCUAAUUUGUCUAAUUGAUACAAUUUUCUUACAAUUAAUCAUCUUUUUUUUGUCAAGUCGAUUUGUUGUUUACAAUCAAACAAAAUUUUUGAUCAACUGAUAUCUUCAAUUGGGUAUGUUGAUCAUGGACAAACUGAUUCAAUCUAACGAAACAUAAUCACGAUUUAUAAAUCAAAUCAAAUCAUUAAAUCAUAUUGUUGAUUUUCUCAA